AUGUCUACGGAAGAAGUACCUAUGCAAAACUUGUCUCAUUCAAAUCAUUCAUCUCAAACAUUAAAUCAUCAAUAUCAAAACAAGGGAAAUGCCAUAACUUCACAACCUCAAUUAACAAACCAGCUGUCGGAGAGAAUGAAAUACGAACAACAGCAUGAAAGACCAUCAAACCAAACUCAAUUGAAACCUCAAAAUUCAAAUUCAUCAUCAUCAUCUAGUUCUUCAUCUUCAAGUUCUGGAUCUGAUUUUUCGGGUCAUAGUGAUACUAGUGGAUAUUUCAGAGAAGGAAAUGAAUGUACCGAAUUUUGUAUUGAAUUUUGUACAUGUUUCGGCGUUGUAGAUUGUUGUCCAAGAAAUGGUGAGGGUUGGGUUACAUCUUGUGCAACUUGGGUUGGAAAUCUAAUAGUCGGAUGUUGUAGAUGUUAA